AUGGGGAGUGGGGCUGAUUCGGCGUGGCUAGCGACAAACACAGGGAUGUCGCUAUCUCAGAAAGGUGGAGUGCUACUUUACGAUGAAGAUAGACACGAGUAUCGGAAGGACAAAACAAUCCGAAAAGAGGUAGCUACAGCUUAUCGUUGUACGAAAACAAACUGCCGGGGAAGGAUGCAUAAAGAUGAAGCAACUGGAGUCCUUUCUGUCACCAACGAGCACGCUAUGACCUGCCUGCCAUUGAAAGAAAAAGAAGAGGCUCUUACGUCACGAUGUUCUGCUCGCUAUCAACAUUUGAAAUUAGUGAAUUGGGACCGUAAUUCGCAUGGCUUUUUGUUCGUCUCACCGAUUUUUGCCUUCUCUCGAGCACUCAUCCCAUCUCAUUUAGUCAAUGUACAUUUCGAGAUUCACCCAAAAAUCGGCAACAAAACAGUGAUAAAACGCAAAAUGAAACUCGGAAUUGACUUCGAAAUGCCUUUUGAUAAGGCAAGAAUUGGAAAAAACGAUAUGAUCAACAUUUUUGGCUUUGCACCAGUGAACGGGAUAGUUGUCAAGAAGAUUCAAAAGCUUUCCUUAAAGAAAAGCCAUUUGGAAAGACCGAUUUCCGUGCGUUUAAACCCGAUUUUUUCUGUGAACAAAAGCGAUGAGGGACACGAUUUGAAUCGAGAAAUUGAAAAGUUCUUCAAUGAACCCAGAAUCUAUUACUCCGGGGAUUUCAUCUCGAUCGAUCGCCGCGAGGAGUUUCACGGAGCCGAGAAUCGCUUCUAUUUUAAGUUGGAUACCCCGAUUUCUCCUUGUAUAAUCGAUCGAAAAUGUACAGUUUAUCAGACGUCCGAUGUCAAGAGUCUUCUUCCGUACAGUGCACAGAUUAGGACGCCAGCUUUCCCGGGAAAUCUCGAAAAAGUGAUCGACAAAGGCAUGGAGAUAAUUUUCGCCAAUGACAAGCUAGAGAACUCGUCUCCAAUCUCAUUGCUGAUCUGUGGCCCAUCGGGCAGUGGGAAACGUUUAGCCGUUCACGGGAUCGCAAUCAGAACGCACAGAAAUCUCAUCACUGCUGACGGCUACGAGUUGUGGAAUGAAUUGGCUGCACAAACAGAGCAAAAGCUGAAGAAUUUGUUCUUAAAAGCUGAUGCCCACUCUCCAUCAAUCCUUUUUAUCACAAAUGCUGAUUUGCUCGGUUUCGAUCAGCAUACAUCGACAGCAGAUGAUCGAAUCAUUUCUUCUUUAUUCGCUGAAUGUGAAAUACCGCGUAAAAUUGUGAUCAUUUUUGGAUGUAAAACGAAAAAACUAGCUUCACUUUCGCCAGCGUUGACAACAUCGAUUCUUUACACAUUGCCGAUUGAGGCGAUGAAUGAAAUCGAUAGAAACGAUUAUAUUCAAAAAAUUUUCCCGAAAACGAUUGACUCGACGCGCUUGGCUAAACAGACUACGGGCUUUCUCGUCGCUGAGUUGAACUCACUUCUCUACGAUUCGAGAUUUCAUGCAAAGAGCAAUGCCAAGACAAGAAUGGAGAACUCGGACGUGGAAUGGGCAAUCGACAAGCGAAAUGCGAGCUUUGCUGACGCCAUUGGGGCACCGAAAAUCCCUUCCGUUUCAUGGGAGGAUGUGGGCGGUUUGGAGGAGACGAAAGCGCUCAUCCGAGAGAGCAUUGAUAGCAAUUUGCGGCAAUCUAAUGGACUACGACGAAGCGGGAUCAUUCUCUACGGGCCGCCUGGAUGCGGGAAAACUUUGCUGGCAAAAGGUUGGUUGAAUCUUUUAACGAAUUCGAGAUCUCUCAAAUCAAAU